GAAGUUGUUUUUCCACUUCUGGGUGUGAAAAGAUGUCCGCACAUGUCAGCUGAGGAGUGGCCUGGAGAAUCGGAGUGGAUCUAGGAGCUUUCCUCGUCUUCAAACCAAGACUUGUGUUGGAGUGUGAUGUCAUCUUGAUCACCAGUUGGAAGAUAAACCAAGAUGAGGCUUGUGAUAACUGUGUGUAUGCUGACUGUGGUCGUCUCUGCCUUGUCACCUGCGUCUGAAAAAGCAGAAGUGAAAGCAGCGGAGAAAGCUCUCAAACAUGCGGAGGACAAACGAUCAGGAGACCUGCCUGCGCUUUUCCUUCGAGGAGAAGACGAUUUGGUAGAUGUACUUGAAGACCCCAAACAAUCAGGCAGGGAAGUCCCCGUGGAGGACCUCAGGCAAACACUUCAAGACGUACUUGGGAAGGAAAACAAAGGCAAGCAAGAACAAGAGAAGAAAGGAUGGAUCGAAUCAGAGGAAGUGAAGGAUCUGAAGAAAGCUUUGUCAGAGUUUAAAGAAUCGGGUAAACACAAGAAGGGAUCGGUAGAGGAAAUUCUCGAAGACCAAGACAAGAAGUCAGACAGCUCCCAGUUGGCUUUAGACAAGCAGGUCAAAGAUGGUCUCGCAAGAAAGAAGGACCAUUUUGGAUCAAAACAUGGCUCCAGUGACUCGUCACAGAUUGUGAAAAGGGAGAUGGAAAUCAUGAAGCUUUUGGAGAAACAUAUUGGUCAUAAUGAGGACAUGGGGCUAGAUGGUGACGAUCAGAAAACCGGACGGUUCCUUUUGAACGUUCUGAAACAGCGACUUGAAGAGGAGCCGAAAAAUCUCAAACUCAUGGUAUCAGCUGACCCGGAAGGACUGUAUGAAAAGGAAGAACAGUUUCUCCAGAUGCUGAAGGAUCUGGAAAAAGAUAGAGUCGAGCAUGGUCGUGAGGAUGAUGGUAGUGGUGAAGAGCCCUUCAUACCCCCUGCGUUGUUCAAAGACUUGGCCAAAGCACUCGGUAAACUGUUCUCCCAAAGCUUCCUGUUCUUUAGGGAAGAGGCUAAACGAGAGAGCCACCCUCGUGACAAAAGAGAAAUGCACCCGUGGCAACUCAUCGAAGAGGCGGCAGGAGAGAACGAUAACCUGCAGGAGAUUCUUGGUGAGGAGGGCCUGCAGAUGUCUGCCAGGGAUCAACUCGCUACCAAGUCAGAAACACCAGCUGAUGACGACAUAGAGGCCUUGCAGCUUGCUUACCAAAUAAGGGAAGUUCUGCGAGAGAAGAGCAAAGACAACCUGAACCCCGUGGAAGAGAUAGAAGAGAGAGGCAGCCUGUCUAACGUCCUUUCUGAAGUUCUCCAUCUAGCAAGGGGGUUACCAGAUCCAAGCGAGGUUGCAGACCAAGAUGAACAACUAAAAUUGCAAUCCAGAAAGGAAAAUGAAGGCGAAAAUGUAAAGAUUGUCAUGGAAGUAGAACGAGAAGAAAAUGACGGAGGUAACCAGGCUUUAGACAUCCUCCACGGGUUGAACGAAGUCGCACAGUCGGAUGACAACCUCCGCGGGCUGUUCGACAAGGUUUCGGGGGAGCUCAAGCGGGCUGAGAACAUGGAAGCGGAAGAAGAGAAGAAGAUGGUUCAGUUCGUAGGUCACAGUCUGGAAGAAGAGGACAAUAAAGAAGUCGCACAAGACACGGAGGAAAGCAUCCUGAGUGAGGAACCAGAGAAAGAGGAAGCCGCCGGUACGAACUGGUCGGACUGGUUCAGCAACAGUCUAGAGGUGGUGAAGAAGACUGUGUCCAUGCUCGGCACGUCUGACCCCACAGAUGGAGGGAUAGUGAAGAGGGACGUGUCAGAAGUUGAAGGAGACGAAGACGACCGUAACACCAUCGUUGCAGAGAGUCUCAGAGUCUACCAGAUGUACCUUAAGGAUCAGGACGGAACACAAGAGAAGAGAGAGGAUGUCUGCAAACGUACGUUCCACCCCUGUCAACGGGACGCAGACUGCUGUGCGGGAUCCUGCCACAAAUUGGUGCAUAAAAGCCACAUCAUGCCCUAUUGCGGCUGACACGUACCUGUGGACAACGCACGUCUUCAUGAAUGUUUAAUCUAAAGUCAUGUAGAGAUACAGGUUUUACUAACACGGUGACAAUAGCUAGCAAAAUACCAUCCAUAGAAAAGAACAUGCUUGAAUGUUGAUCUGGUAAUGGCGUAUUAUAUUGUCGUAGUCAAUCCAAAGGAAAAUGAUGAAUUGAAUAUGUUGUUUUUAUUCAAAUCAGAAACUAUAGUUUACAACACUUAUUUAUGUUUUGGAACACAGGGUUUAUCUUUAUUAACAUUGAAGUUUAGCAUGAGGUGAUUUCUGACGACAUAUGCUUGGUAGACGCCAGUAGUUAACAAAUACUUCGUUGGUGCUUAGUUUCAAUCUUUGGUGUAAACAUCGUAGAAAAUAUGGGUGGAUAUCUAAUGGUGAAUUCUGUCAGCAAUACAUACACUCGCAAAGCAUCUUACCUCAACUGCACCUUACUUCAGUAUUGAUCACGUGAAAAGCACAAGGGAAACCAUGAUAUUUUAGGCAGCUAGCAAUGGGCUACCUUUACUGCGAACUUUCUCAGUUGCAUUACAUUUUUACUAUCACUAGUUGGGUGGAAGACAUAUCAACCCAACUGUGACAUGACAUAUAUAAUUUAUGAUGUUCUCGAUUGAAGAAAAACUGUACUUAUCUAAGGAGUGAUGUAUCAAAGAAUAAAAUGGAAAUGAAAUGUUGUUGAUUCUA